AUGACCAUCACGACCACCUAUCUCGAUAUCACCCCUCCUUCUCCGUGCGUUCGUAGCUGUAAAUUAUCAUCGCUUCAUCUUGUCUUACUUACGUAUGGAAUGAUUGGAUUCCCUCUUUUCUUCUCAAUGACGGUCCUGUGGCCAUGGUCUUUGGUCGAUGUUCGACAGCUUUUGGCCAUCGAGGUUGCCUAUAAAGGUUCUGACAGCGGUCGAUCAGAUCGUAUAUUAUAUAUCGCCGUUUGA